CCAAUCACAAUGAGCUGUCGUGUCCAAGUGGGACUACGGCAAGCCGCUUGGUCCAGAAAGACUGUGACUAAUCAGUUGCGUUUCCAGUCAUCUAAGAAUAACACAACGGUCCGCGAAGACAAACUCUUUACACAAUGAGGAGCAGCAGGUGCAGGUUACAGUGGGGAGGUUUGCUCCUCCUCCUUCUUCUCUCCUGCUGUGUGUCUGUUCUCUCUCAGGUGGAUCCCCAACAGCAGCAGCAGACGAUUGUGGAGUCUGCAGCUCAUGUCACAGGUCACGGUCAUAGUCGCCUCGACAAAAACAUGGUCCAUGACAAAGAUCACAUCAUCGAGCAUUUAGAGGGAGUGAUCGACAAACCAGAGAAAGACAUGUCCCCCCAGGAGCUCCAGCUGCACUACUUCAAGAUGCAUGAUUACGAUGGAAAUAACCUGCUUGAUGGGCUGGAGCUGGCCACUGCUAUCACACAUGUACACAAAGAGGAGCGAGGAGAGAACUUCCAGCCGAUGAAGGAGGAGGAUCUGAUCAGCCUGAUCGAUGAGGUUCUGAAGGACGACGACAAAAACAAUGACGGUUACAUCGAUUACGCAGAGUUCGCUAAAUCUCUGGAGUGAAGCAUCAUUUGAGCGCAUCUUCAACUCCACAACAACAAAAACAACAAACCCGACAAGGAAUCUGCAGGAAGAGAAGCUGACCACAAAAAUGUCAGGCCUCCGCGUUCUUCAUCGAGGGCAGAGGUGUCAGUAUUAAUUUGGGAUCAUUCUUCAUUUGAAAAUCAAGUAACGUAGAAAGCAACUAAAAGAGGAGGAGAAACUGCCUCUUUUUUACUCUGACUCCGGUGUGUGCGCACAAUUUCAGGACAUUCAAUUUCUGCAGCUUACUUGAAACAAUCUUUUAAAAGGCCAGUUCACCCAAAACUCGUUAAAGAACUUCUUUUUUGAAGAGCCAAUUUUACAAAAACUAUCAGCUAAGUUUCUUCAGAAUUAAAAUGAGAGCUGGGACAUUUUUGUUUGUUUUGGGAUUUUGGGUGAAUUGGUUCUUCAUGUGUGUGCAGGACACUGCAGUGUGUGUUCUUUUAGUGGUGCUUUCGGUUGUCCUGUAGCAUUUAAAAAGAAUGUUAUUUCACUGAAUGCUGGACUCAAACAGAAACACAUUCACAUGAACAUACAGCUGCUGUGUGGACCAAACGACUCCAUCAGCGAGGUAUUCUGUUUCUGAGGAAGACGAGAUAACUGCGUCUUUCUCAUCACAAAGUAAAGUGGCCUUCACCUGCUCAUGUGUAGUGUAUGUAGCAUGAUAAGGUCUGUGUGUAGAGGGGAGGAAACCCUGCAGAACCGAGGAGCAGAAGCCUCCAGGAAGAACAACUAGACACUUAAGAGUUUUAACAUUUCUCUAUUUUGUGUCUCCCUCUUACCUCCUGCCUGACCACUGACUCUGUAAAGGUGGACAACAUCUCCACCUCCAAAGUGAAGCCAAAAUACCCCCCUACGUAAAGUGCUGACCUGUUGCACUGGUGACAUUUUGGGAGACAGUAUGUGCAGUAGGGAUCUGGCCGCUGGAGCUGCACACAGCACAGUGAACAGAGCUGUCAGUCAUGUAGUCACACCCCCUUUAAUUAGCAUCAAUUAACUAAUUAAAACAAAACCUGUACAGAAAACUAAACAUUGGACAUAAAUCAGCACUGUAAGAGCUAAUUAUAAUGGCAGAAACAAUGUGAAAGAAAAAUUCCUUGACCCAGAUUUGGUUUGUAGCUCAAUGUAUUUCCGUUCAUUAACAUGUAAGAGCCGCGGCUUAACUGCAGCCAGUCAGAAGAAGGGGCUCUAAGUCUUUUGGCUUCACUUUUAGAGCUGUCAUGUCAUCAAUCUUUUUCUACAGGCUAAGCCUAGAACCACAAAUUUGAUCUAAGUUGCCAUUUUGAAGGAUUAUUUGUCCCUAAAACGCAUCUCAGGAGUACAACAUUUUUUUUGCAGAAUUAUUUUUUGCUGGAAUCAACAAUCAUCUAUGAAAAUUUAAGUUAAGUUGGGACAGAACUUAUAAUUCAGUCAAAAGAAUGCUCUAAAGCAUCAAUCCUUGUCUCUCUCUUCACUCCUCAUUUCUCCCUCUCACGUCUCUGCUUGUGUCUGAGGUGCGAGGGAUUAAGACAGAAGGAGAGGAGGCAAGGAGAGGAAUCUGAAUGAGAAGAAGGCCUUUGUGCCUCUGAUGCUCUCUCCAGAGGUUGUUCUCAUGAAGAUUACCACAAUCAUACAAGCCUUUCACAUCCCCUUCAUAUUCAAGCAGCACAUUCUUGACACAACAAACACACUAGAGUGAAUGUAAAGCUGCCUCAGACUGCUGGUUCUCUGUCACUGGAUAAGCUCAAAGUAAACUGCUGGUCUCAGCUGGUUUCGAGUAAAGCACUUGUGAUUAACCAUUGAACAUGUUUGCUUCAGCUGCCUUUUAACCAGACGUGUCAAACAUGUCUCAGAGUGUUGUUGUUGAAUCCAUCUGUGAUUCUUUAUGACGUUUGAUUUCAUAUAAAUGAACUUUAUAUUUUUGCCAUCCAGUGUUGAUUCUUCAAUCAGUUCAGGUUGUUGAAUGUAGAUAUGUAAAAACACAACAGAUGCAACUGUGUUGUCUCUGGAAUGUGAAAUAAUAAAGACUUUAAUUGACA